UUAAACAGAUACACGAGCGUUUCCGUACGACGACGAAUCCUCCCUUAAGAGUUGAGCUAUUUUGGGAAUCAGUCUCCCAUCCGGAGACUUGAAUGAGCUGUAACCCAAGAUGCCUCUAAACGAUGAGCGACCCGCCUCCACAUCCAGCGGCGAGGACCAGGGCAGUGAUGUGGAGUCGUCGUCGGAGCGCUGUGACAGCAUGACGUCGACCAGCGACCUGGACUGUUCCCGCGAAAGCUUCACCAGCGACUGCUCCAGCAAACACUGUACACCCUCCUCAAGUCCACCCAAAACCUUAACCCUGGAUGAAGUCAUGGAGUCUGCCAGGGACAUGUCCAAUCUCAGCAUCGCCCAUGAGAUCAUUGUGAACCGCAACUUCCAUCUGGAGCCAGACACCCUACCCCAGGGCAGUUUAUGGAAGGCAGUUAGAGAUAAUCUCCACAAGGCCUUUUGGGACAUCCUGGAGUCUGAGCUCAACGACGACCCGCCUGAGUAUGGGCAAGCCAUCAGAUUACUGGAGGACAUCAGAGAGACUUUACUGUCAUUCCUUAAUCCGGGUGCCAAUCGGAUGCGGACCCAGAUCAUGGAAGUGCUGGACAUGGACCUGAUCCGUCAGCAGGCUGACAACGAUGCUGUUGACAUCCAGGGGCUUGCCUCGUACAUUAUCACCACCAUGGGCAAGAUUUGUGCCCCAGUUAGGGAUGAAGAGAUCAAGAAGCUCCGUGGAAGCUCAGAAAACAUCGUGACACUAUUCAGGGAGAUCUUCCGUGUGCUGGACCUGAUGAAGGUGGACAUAGUCAACUUCACAAUCGAUAAUCUGAGGCCUGUGCUGCAGAGGCAGAGUGUUGAAUAUGAGAGGGCAAAGUUUCAGAGCAUCCUUGACAAAACACCCAAUGCUCUGAAACACACCACCUCGUGGAUCAAGUCAACACUGGAGGAGCUGUCGGCCAUCACCCCCAAAGACAAUCCAGGGAAAGGAGAGCAACUGGUGCCUGGGCCCUUUCAGGUCAUCAACGCUGCAAACCUUCGCAUCCUUACGUGGGACUACGAUAAGAGCCAACUGCCUGAGACGUGGAUGACUGAUGAGACCCGUCUGCAAGAGAUUCAGUGGCAGCUCCAGCGGUGUCAGGCGGUGAACGAGGUGCUGCUCAUUAUCUACAACACGGUUGGAGGGCCCAUCCAGGGUCUGCCCUCGCUGUCUGACCGCCUGAAGAGGAUGAUCAGUGUGCUGCUGGACGGGAUGCACAGGCCGGACUUUAACCUAGAAGAGGCACUAGAGGGCGUCAGUGCUCAGAUCUGCUGUGAGCUCAACAAGUCUUUAACAGAGAGAAACUACCCCACGCUGACCCCGGCGCUGCAGGCCACACUCACAGGCCAAAUCUGCAAUAUCACUCAGGAGGACAAUCCCAUCCGCACUCUCGUUGAGGAUCGCGUGCAGCAGUACUUCAUGGCCCUCAUGUGUGAUCCUAAACCCCAGGUCAAACUUGAACAAGUACCAGCUGGCUUGACUGCUAUCAAGCCCGAACUUGCACUGAUAGGAGCAAAGUUCGUCUCCCUUGUUAACUACAACAAGGUUGUCUAUGGACCUUUCUACGCGGAUAUCAUCAGGAAGCUGAUGUUCAGCAGCAGCCCACCAGCAGCGAGUCCUCCUCAGGACACUGCUCAGGACUCUGUCACCUCCAAAUAAACAAAAUUUUGACCCGUGCAGUCUUCUUCUUGCUAGUAGACACAGAAAAAGCAAAGGAGGUCCUACAGUAGCUAGGCAGUGCAUCUGCUCCGCUCAAGCCAGUGUACUCCAGUAGUUGGAGUUACCUUCAUUAUAUUGUAAAUGUAGUUUUUAUCACUACAUUUAGCAGUGAAGGCGCUGCAGUGUAGGUGCCAUGCAGUAGACAUUAAAUGUAACCUGCAUCCUUUGUGAUUAAACAUGCUCUCCUUUUAAUAAUUACAGCUUCAAACAGAGAAACCAGUAUUACAGCGAUCCAUGUCUGAACCUAAUAGUGAUUCCUACAUUUUGGAUUUGUCUCCAGUCAUGUUAUACGUACAGAGGGAUGGAGGAAGUCCACAGGGAGGAAAAGGGCAAAACCUUAGUGUGUCUAAGGCAUAAAGCUUUAUGAAGAAAAGAGGAAGAAGCUUAUAUAUUUAGAAUUGUAGCAGAGUAGCAUCCUUAUGUAUAACUACAUAGUUAACUAUGACCACCUUUUAACAUAUUAAUGCAAAUCCUGAGAGCCCUUUUCCUAUGGAAUAAGUCUUUUUCAUUGUUCUCCCUUUAACUUCUUUAUCAGCCAGAGAACUUAACUUUGUGUAUUUUUUUAAUCUACUACUAUACAGCAAAAAAAAGGCACAAAAAAAGGAAAUGCUUUGGAUAUUGACUUUGCAAAAAAAGAAGAAGAAAUAACUGUUGUCUGCAUGAGUAGCUUUGUGUUGGGGUUAAAACAUUUUAGUUUUGUUGUCACAUGUUGUUUGUUCUAUACUUUUACUCACACUCUGCCAGUGAAAUACUUGUUAUAUUGAUUUAGUUGCUCUGUUUGUUACAUUUUUGAGGUACUGUUGUUGUUACAGUAUUGCUGCGUUGGGUGUGGGGAAAUGAAAGGUGCUGAACUCAAAAGAGAUUUUGUGUCCAAAGUUUCCAAUGGACCCAACGAUGCACAAAGAAAAAGCAGUUGUGCACUUUUACAAAGGUUUACAUGAAAAUGUGGGAAGUUGUUGUUCUUUUCUUCUGUACCACAGUUAAUAUAAUAAAACUUGAGAAAAACUGA